AUGCAGGUGACGGUUGAAUUUUCUAGUACUGUCGUAAAGCUUGAAGUCAACGAGGAGCUAAGGUUGAGCAGCUUAGUUAUGGUCGCCUUUUUGAAGCUUAAUAUUUCUGAGUCACCAGAAGAAUUCAAUAUUCUUAAAGGCGACAGAGUUUUGAAUUUAAACAGGGAGAAAACACUGAAGGAGCUCAAUAUCUGCGAUGGUGACACGCUCGUAAUGUCAAAGAUAACAUAUGUAAAUGAGCCAUUAUCCUCUCAUUCAGAGGACUCAGGACAGUUGAAGCAGCGCCUUAACAAUCUCAUCAAAAGCAUACGAGUGUCAGCAAAUAAAACGAUCACACCAUACGAAUCUGAAAUUUCGCGACGUGCCAGCACGUUGUACAAUAAUAUGAAGAAGAGGAAUCUCCAUGACGAGGUAAUGGUGCAUUUUCCAAGACUAGCAGAAACUUACGACGGAAAUCCUGAAGACUUGGGCGGAUUUGUAACAGCGUUUCGGGAGCAUGCUCUAAAGCAGAGAUCACUGAAAAAGUGGAGGGAACGACUACUGGACAAGCGUCUAGAAAAAGCAACGGUCUCUUUUCCGGAGUGCUUUGCGAAAACCCCUAUGUUGUAUCUGCAAGCGAAAUUGAACGAAACUGACGUUAUUGCGUUGGUGGAUACUGGUGCUCAAGCUUCUAUCAUCACUGAUGAAGCUGUUAAAAAGUGCAGCAUGCUGGAAUUUGUCGAUAACCGCUUUUGUGUGUUUGCAAAUGGAGUAGGAGGCACGCGAUCGACAUUAGGACGAAUUUUUGCUUGCGACAUUCUGGUGGCGGGCAUGACUCUGCUGUGUGCGUUCGACGUUCUUCCCGGUGAUGCGUGCAAUGUUGAUGUAAUCAUUGGGGUUGAUGUGCUCAGCAAGAAUCAAGCCAUAAUUGAUGUAACGAAUCGAACGAUUCGAUUUGGAGAUCGUGGAUCCGCUAACUUCAUUCAGCUGGAAGACGCCGAGAAAUUAGAACCUUUCGGAGGUAUGAUUACCGAUGGCAGACCAAGACCAAUGGAGAACACAACUAACUUGAAUGAUGUUGCAAAGAAAUGA